CGUCAUUUCCCGGAUGUGGAACUAUCGCAACACGGAAGAGGAGGAAAGAAAACAAAUAAUCGUUUAAAUUUGUGCCGAGUUUAAGUCGGAGAAGACGCCCUGAGACCCCCUUUUACCUUCUGGAUUAAAGCCCUUUCAACGACGAGCCUCUUACACGAUGGAGUUCCUGUUUGGGAGGAGAAAGACUCCGGAGGAGAUGCUGAGGCAGAAUCAGAGGGCGCUCAACCGAGCCAUGAGAGAACUGGACCGAGAGCGAAUGAAACUGGAGCAACAGGAGAAGAAGAUCAUCGCUGACAUAAAGAAAAUGGCCAAACAGGGACAAAUGGACGCCGUCAAGAUCAUGGCCAAGGAUUUGGUUCGCACAAGGCGCUACGUCAAGAAGUUCAUCAUGAUGAAAGCAAAUAUCCAGGCCGUCAGUCUAAAGAUACAGACGCUCAAGUCCAACAACAGCAUGGCUCAGGCUAUGAAAGGCGUCACCAAAGCCAUGGCCACCAUGAACAGACAGCUGAAACUGCCCCAGAUUCAGAAGAUCAUGAUGGAGUUUGAACGACAGAGUGAAAUCAUGGACAUGAAAGAGGAGAUGAUGAAUGACGCCAUUGACGAUGCCAUGGGUGAUGAGGACGAUGAGGAGGAGAGCGACGCCAUUGUGUCCCAGGUGCUGGACGAGCUGGGCCUGAAUCUGUCCGAUGAACUGUCAAACCUUCCCACCCCUGGAGGAAACCUGUCGGUGGCUGGAGGAAAGAAGGCCGAGCCCCAGGCCGCCCUGGCAGACGCAGACGCCGACCUGGAGGAGCGGCUGAACAACCUCCGGAGAGACUGAACGCGCACCAACUGACAGACGGGGUUUGCCAACGCAGAUACAAACAUACUCGAGUCUCUGUGUCUAGAUUCUUUCGAAGGUGUAACCGGCAGAAUGCUGGCUGUUUCAAGCAAACGGUCUGUGUUACAAAGGUGUCUGGUUUUCUGUUUGAGGUGUUUUCACUUUAUGCGUGUAUCAUCUGUUUUAUCAAGGAAAAAAAAAGAAAAAAAAAACCCGCCGAGGGUCGAUAUCCUCAGUAGGUCUGGAAAACUCAUGUCUCAUUUAAGACAUUGCCAAAUGACACACACUCUCUGAGAGUGAAAAUUGAUUUCACAGUCUGUGUAAAUACUAACUCCUAAAAGGCAUGAUGUUUUCACAAAUUAAAUGAACACUAACUACAAAAUGUUUAAAGGAACCCAGAUGAAAGUUGGUAAUAUUACAGAAGUGGUCAUUUUAUAUGGGCAACAUAUAGAAAUUCAGCACUUUUUGUACAUCAGGCUGGUUUGGUGUUCUUUGUAUUAUCAUCAUCAUCAUAUAAAUAUAUAGUUUCAGCCCUGAUUCAAGCUUUGGGUUAUGUUCAUUUGUGGGAGUUGAUAGACGUCAGGGUCUAGCUGAAGAUUGUGUAUAAAAAGUGUAUUAGCCCAAAAUCUUUUCUGUCUAAAUUCACUAAUAGGAUGGUUUAUUUCCCAAAAAUAUAUAAACGAUAAAAGACAAAGAGCAGAAGUGGGUUGAGCUGAAUCUUCCCCAGUGGAAAGGCUCCUUGUCAGUGGUGUUGAGAUCAGCAGGAUUUUCACCAAAAUGUUAAUAAGGAGUCAGUGGUGUUUCUUUUUUUUUUUCAGAAACUGUCCUGUUUGUUUGUUUGUUUGCUGUUUUUUUUUUGCU